GAUAUGCUAAAUUAAAUGUGUCUUUUUCUAUUCACACUCCUCACUCUCUCUUUAUAAAGUGUUAUCCUGGUUCCACAUAAUCUUCUUCCUUCGUCUUCUUUAUGCAUUUGCUCUUUUUAAUCUUCGUCAACAAUUGCAGAACCUCUAAAAAGCUAUAGUUAGUGACUGUAACGCUUUUAUCAGAUUUUCACAUCAAAAAAAGUUUCCAACUUUGAAACCUCUCUCUCUCUCUCUGCUCUGCUUUGAUGGCGAAUUGGUUAACGUUUUCUCUGUCACCAAUGGAGAUGUUGAAAUCUCCUGAUCAAUCUCACUUCAUCUCUUACGACGCUUCUUCAACUCCUUACCUCAUCGAUAACUUCUAUGUUUUCAAAGAAGAAGCUGAGACAGAAACUGCUUCAAUGGCGGAUUCAACAACACUUGCCACUUUCUUCGACUCGGAAACCCAAUCCCAGACUCAUAUUCCCAAGCUCGAAGAUUUUCUCGGCGAUUCGUCUACCACCUCCUUUGUCCGUUACUCCGAUAACCACACAGAGACACAAGACGCUUCUUCUCUCACUCGAAUCUACGAUCCACGUCACCACACCGGAGGAGGAGCUACAGGUUUCUUCUCCGAUCAACACCACGAUUUCAACACGAUUCCUUGUUUCCAGACAAACUCCGACUCGGAAAUCGCCGAUGACUCAGCCUCCAUCAGACGAGCUCAUCUCUCGAUCGGCGGCCACGUUGUGGAGUCGUCCACGACGGCGGGGCAAGGGUUUCACGGCGGUUGCACCAACGGAGAAGCUCUGUCUCUAGCGGUUAACAACACUGAUAAUCCUUUGAGCUGCAAUAAUGGCGAGAGAGGGAAAAACGGUAGAAAGACGACAGUUUCUAAGAAGGAAAAAGCCAUGGCGGUUGAAUCGUCGGACGAUUCCAAGAAGAAGAUUACCGAAACAUUUGGACAACGAACUUCAAUUUAUCGAGGAGUCACACGACAUAGAUGGACGGGAAGAUACGAAGCGCAUCUAUGGGAUAAUAGCUGUAGGAGGGAAGGUCAAGCAAGAAAAGGACGUCAAGGUGGAUAUGACAAAGAAGAUAAAGCAGCUAGAGCCUAUGACUUAGCAGCUUUAAAAUACUGGGGUCCUACUGCUACUACAAAUUUUCAGGUCGCGAGUUAUUCAAAAGAGUUGGAGGAAAUGAAUCAUAUGACCAAGCUAGAGUUCAUCGCAUCCCUUAGGAGGAAAAGUAGCGGUUUUUCGAGAGGAGCUUCGAUAUAUAGAGGUGUCACAAGGCAUCAUCAACAAGGUCGUUGGCAAGCAAGAAUUGGCCGUGUCGCCGGAAACAAAGAUCUUUACCUCGGAACCUUCGCUACGGAAGAGGAAGCGGCAGAGGCUUACGACAUUGCAGCCAUAAAGUUCAGAGGAAUCAACGCUGUGACUAACUUUGAGAUGAACCGUUACGAUGUUGAAGCCGUCAUGAAAAGUUCUUUCCCCGUUGGAGGAGGAGGAGCUGCGAAACGCCAUAAGCUCUCUCUUGAAUCUCCUCCUCCUUCUUCCGAUGACCAUAACCUUCAACAGCAUGUACUUCCGUCUUCUUCCUCGGACCUAAACCCUAACUCAAUCCCAUGUGGGAUUCCAUUUGACUCUUCUGUUCUCUACCAUCACCAGAACUUGUUUCAGCAUUAUCCUGCAGUCUCUGACUCUUCAGUUCAGGUUCCUAUCAACCAAUCUGAGUUUUUCUUGUGGCCUAACCAGUCUUACUGAGUCAUAUGGUUCGAUGGCUCGUUCCGCGCUCGAGGCUUAUCUUCUUUCAUUUUGGCUAACCCAUAAGCUGACCAGAAGAUUACAUUUUAAGUGUUGUCAUCCCUUUCUUUUUUUUAACUGUAGUCUAGGAGGAAGUAGAGGGGAGAAAAGUUGAAGAAGCUGAAACUUUUGGGGUCAAUUUUGUAUUAAUGUAACCUGCGUGGUGGAAACUGAUCGUUUUUCUUUUGUUAAGGGUGGUUUAUGGGUUUUAGUAUUUUUUGUAUGUAAUCGGCUUAUCGGUAUCACUCCAUUUUGCAUUUAUGAAUUAUCUUCUUCAGAUUUUCUUAUUACAUCUUCUAUUUCUA